ACAGGCGCCCCGUCCGUCCACCCCUCUGGGCUCUUCUAUUAAUAGCAUCAGCUGUUGCAACACAAAGGCUGGCUGCCGAGCGGAGCGGGUCGCCCCGCAGAUUGUGGGAAGAGGCUCAGCCCUGUGGAUGUGGAGGGGGCGGCGGGGAGAGGACACCGAAAAAAAUAAAUAAAAACUAAACUGCAGAGAUGAGGAGGAACGAGCCGCUGUGAGGACGGUUCCGUCGGUCCAGGCGGCGGUGGUGGGGGGCACUAGUAUCGGUGUGUCUCACCAGCCAGCUUCUAGCCUUCUGCCCACCACUGUGGAGGUAGCCAUGGCCACCAGCGCCGUGCCGAGCGACAACCUGCCGACGUACAAGCUGGUGGUGGUGGGGGACGGCGGCGUUGGGAAAAGCGCUCUGACCAUCCAGUUUUUCCAGAAGAUCUUUGUGCCGGACUACGACCCCACCAUCGAGGACUCGUACCUUAAACACACUGAAAUAGAUGGACAGUGGGCCAUACUGGAUGUGCUGGACACAGCAGGCCAGGAGGAGUUCAGUGCAAUGAGGGAGCAGUACAUGAGGACAGGAGACGGUUUCCUCAUCGUCUUCUCCGUCACGGACAAGGCCAGCUUCGAACACGUCGACAGAUUCCACCAACUCAUACUACGGGUCAAAGACAGGGAAGCCUUCCCCAUGGUGCUGGUAGCUAACAAAGUGGAUUUAGUUCACCUAAGGAAGGUGACAGCGGACCAGGGCCAAGAGAUGGCUGCCAAACAUAAUAUAACUUAUAUUGAAACCAGUGCCAAGGAUCCUCCGAUGAACGUGGACAAAGCCUUUCAUGAACUGGUCCGAGUUAUAAGACAACAGGUCCCAGAGCGAAACCAGAAGAAGAAAAAGAAGAUGAAGUGGCGAGCAGAACGCUCCACCGGCUCCCACAGGUUCCACUGCGCCAUAUUGUGACCGCCUUUCUCCUCGGGCGCCAUUCAUCGCAUAAACCCACACGAACGGACACACAAAAAAAACAACAAAACACACCUUUGGAUGUCAGGGAACUCCACAGCAGUGUUUUAACUACUGGAGCACAAAAAGCCAGAAGGGUGGGGUGGGGGGGAUAGACGUGUCACCGAACAGCUCGGUGGAUCCAGAGAGACGACGGCUGAGCUGACGGGUGCAGCGCAGCGACCGCUUUACCCUCUUCUAGCUUUCAAAGGUUCUUUCCCAGCCUCGCUCCUCUUUUUGUAACGAACACUGAAACAGGGCAACAGCCGACUGCUUCGCUGCGGAGAGCAAUUACCUACGGCACAAGAUUUCAAACCUUUUGUGGGAAGGGGAAAUAUGGAGAUACGACUUUUUUUUUUUCUUAAACCUUUUACAGAGAGCAAAGGAUUAAGGGAAUCACUGGCACAAAGUGGCGCCUCUACCUAUUUUAAUUAAAUAUUAUCUCAGUACAACAGCUUGGAGGGGGGGGGGGGUGAAGACCCAUGUGAGGGUGAGCGUCCCAAGCGAUGGUCUGACUGGAUGUGGAAGUGCAGAUGGGUUUAUUUUUUUGCCUGCGUUGCGGUUGAUUUGGUGUGGCGAGGGCACAACGUGCACCACGAGGGAAACGUUAAGAAGAAAUGUGUUGUACAGACUCUGGCCGUGUCAAGCUGUGGAGUACUUUACAGUUAUGAUUAAAAAAAAUAUAUAAAAAAAAAAAAAUUAUGUAUCAAGAGCCAUGUUUACAGAUACUUUUAAAGGAUUUUAUUUCCGCUUCGUUAUUCCCGUUUUAAAAAGAAACGUGGGCUUGGUUCCCUCUCAUGUGCUUGUACGUGGCGUGACCUUUGAUCAAUACUGUAUGAGCGAUACAAAUUGUUUCCUCUCAUUCUUUUUUUUUUUUAAUCUUAUUUCAAGUAAUUAUGUAAUUAUAUGUGGCAAUGUUGAUAAAUUCACUGCUGUGUCACAGAAAGUCGAUGAAUUUUGCUUGUAAAAUAGAACAGCUGAGGGAUAAAUGAGCAGACAGUGGGCUGAGGGGGAGGGAGGGGGGGGGGAGCUGAUUUGCACUGGCCACAAACCAAAAUAAUGUGAUGUCACUUUAUCUCAAUCCAGGGGCUUUUCCGGCCCCCCCGCCCCCCCCCAUUGACUUCAGGACCAGGAUAGACGAAGAUCGGCCCUCAGCGAAGGCAGAGGAUGAAUCCUGUAGCUUAAGGGAUCGGUCAGUGUUAGGAAACCCGCCUGGAGGUUUGCGCGGCGUCGCGCUCUUUCGGGCACAAAGCCAUGUCGUCCCACGGUAGCCGCAGACCCGACCGGCGCCACGGGGGAGCUGGAACGUGCAGAUUAAUCUAUGAAAAUGGCUCGUACUGUUAUUAGACUAAAGCGUUGGUGGGCGGCUUUCUCUUCAGGAUGUGCACCAACUCUUGAAGGAAUAAGUUUUUUGCACUUUGAAAACAAUCUCUGACUCUUUCCUAUUGGCAUGUUGUUAGUUUUUUUGUUUUGUUUUUUUAAACCUGUAAGUGAGCUGAAAGGCACGGUUAAAAAAAAAAAAGUGUAUAUCUGAAUGUGAAAUGAUAAAGCAUUCAAACAGCUGAUUGGAUUUGUAGCCUCGUGUGCCUGUGUAUGCCUGUUGCCUUGGCCAUGAUUGUAAAACAGAUCAACUAAUUUGAGAUGUAAUCAUUAAAAUUGUAUCAAAACUUGCAUUAUUACCCAGUUUUAAAUUAAGGUGCUUAAUUUUUGAUGUUGUACUGGAUGACCGACGCCUGGAAGGGGAAACUCCGCAUUUCUCAGCAGCUACUGCUAAAAAGGGACAUUUUUCCAGACAAGGACUCAAAAUAAUCAACAAGAAGAUAAACUUACAGACUUCUGAGCAAACAGACUGGAUGGAAGGGGAGCAAAAUUAUACUGAAUGUGUUAAAUGAAGUUAUUGCAUCAUGUGUGUUUGAUACCAUUUUUGUAUUAUUGAUAUGAUUAUUGGAAAGUGUUUUUAAGCAACUGAAUAAUUUAUUUCUGUCUGUUACCUCACUGUGUCCCAGACCUGGACAAAAAAAAAGUCUAUUUUUAUUUUUUUUCCUUUUGCCUUUUGAGUAUGUGUACUGUAUAUUGUGGACCAAGAUGGAAAUAAAAAAAAAGGACAGAUUCUGGUCCUGGGAUGAAAA